AUGUCGGCGGGGCAGGUGAGGCCGUGCAAGUUGGAGACGGGAUGGCGCAGGAUUGUGCGAAACUUCACACCUUCAUGGUUCGCCGUGAACAUGGGCACGGGCAUCGUCUCGAUUCUGUUGCACGAGUUCCCGUACAAUGCCCAGUGGCUGCAGUACGUGUCCGAGGUCAUCUUUGGCCUCAACGUCUUGCUGUUUACGGUAUUCUUGGGGUUGACGGUCUCUCGAUACGUGCUGUACCCGGAGAUCUGGGUGGCCAUGAUUGCGCAUCCGGGACAGUCUCUGUUUUUGGGAUGCUUUCCCAUGGCGCUGGCAACCAUCAUCAACAUGAUGAUUCUCAGCUGUAAGCACUGGGGCGACUGGCUCAUCUACACCGCGUGGGCGCUCUGGUGGGUCGACGUCUGGUUCUCCAUCGCCACCUGCAUCAGCAUGCCCUUCAUCGUCAUGCACCGCCACCGGCCCAACCUCGAAAACAUCACCGCCGCCCUCCUCCUCCCCAUCGUCCCCUCCAUCGUCGCGUCCGCCUCGGGCGGCAUCGUCGCCGAAGCCCUCCCCAACGUCGGCCACGCCGUCACCACCCUCGUCACCUCGUACAUCCUCUGGGGCAUCGGCGAGUUCUUCACCGCCUGCGUCCUCGCGCUCUACUUCCACCGCCUCACCAUCCACUCCACCCCGCCCAAGGAGGUCAUCGUCUCCGUGUUUUUGCCCAUCGGGCCCCUCGGCCAGGGCGGCUUCGGCAUCCAGCAGCUCGGCAAGGUCGCCGCCCUCGUGUUGCCCCAGACUUCCAUGUUCAAUGUUAUUGAGAAUGGGGGCACGCGCGCGGGUGACACGCUCUACGUGCUGGGCGUGUUCUUGGCCGUUACGAUGUGGGGCUUCGGGCUCGUGUGGAUGUCGCUCGCCUUCACUACCAUCUUUACGAUGAAGAAGUUUCCCUUCAACAUGGGUUGGUGGGGGUUCACUUUCCCGCUGGGCGUCUUGGGGACUUGUACGGGUGCGCUGGCCGAGAAUCUCGAUAGCGAGUUCUUCAAGGUCACCAAUGCGAUCCUUUCUCUCGUCGUGGUAAUACUGUGGCUCAUGGUGAGCGUUAGGACCAUCAAGUUGGCCUUGACGGGCGAGAUGUUCCAUGCGCCUUGCCUCCAGACCAUCAAGAAGUGCCAACAGCAGCAGCAGUAA